AUGUCUACCAAAAACGUCUUGGUUAAGUUGAUCGUGGGAGCUGGCCAGGCAGCACCUGCUCCUCCUGUUGGUCCAGCCUUGGGUUCUAAGGGUGUGAAAGCCAUCGAUUUCUGCAAAGAAUUCAACGCAAGAACUGCCCAUUUCCAACCUGGCACUCCUAUCCCAGUUUUGUUGACUGUAAAGCCCGAUAGAUCUUUCACAUUCGAGAUGAAGUCUCCCCCUACGUCAUGGCUUAUAAUGAAGGCAGCCAACGUGUCUAAAGGAAGUGACAAGGCUACCCAUAAUAUUGUGGGAAAGAUUUCCUUGAAACAUGUGUAUGAGAUUGCUAAGAUCAAAAAGACAGAUGAUAGACAUAAGAAUGUCGACUUGAAGGCCAUUUGCGGAGCUGUCAUUCUGACUGCUGAGGCCGUGGGCGUGGAGGUGGUGCCAUAG